CCCGGCACGAGCCCUCACCAACCCCGAUGGUACUGCUCCUGAUUCAAUACCAAUUUGGAAUAAAUGAACUCCGUCUGAGAUCCGGUGUGAAUUUUAACCAGCGAGACGAGCGCGUGGACGGCUGAAAUGGUGUGCAAUGGGAUCAGGCUCUCGGCAUCUGCUUUAUUAGUCCCACUUUUGACUGCUUUGAAGUGAAACCUGUGAGGAGCCUCCAAAACGACACGACAUUCUGGUGGUGUUUUCCUGUGACACCAGUGGGAGUCGCCUGCCUCCACUUUGACUCUCUACGGUUGAGGAUGCUGAUGUGAAACCUGCAAUGAACACCUGGGCUUGAUAUCAGGACCUAGAAGCGGAUCAACAAUGGAGCGGCUGGUUCUGUGCGUGCUGCUCUGUGCGGCUCUGGUGGAGGGAUACAGCUGCCCAGGCCGUUGCAUCUGCCAGCACGUCUCCCCCACUCUGACUCUCCUCUGCGCUAAGAACGGCCUGCUGUUUGUCCCCCCCACCAUCGACCGUAAGACCGUGGAGCUGCGACUCACCGACAACUUCAUCACCAUCAUCCGCAGGAAAGACUUUUACAACAUGACCAGCUUGGUCCACCUCACUUUGUCUCGCAACACUAUCAGCCAGAUCACCCCCCAAGCCUUCCUCGGCCUGCGGUCUUUGCGGGCUCUGCACAUGGACGGAAACCGCCUAAGUGUGAUAAAGAGUGACCACUUUAAAGGCCUCAUCAACCUGCGGCACCUCAUCCUCGGGAACAACCAGAUCCACCAAGUUGCUCUGAACUCCUUCGAUGAGUUUGUGUCCACUAUUGAAGACUUGGAUCUGUCCAACAACAACCUGCGCACGCUUCCUUGGGAGGCCAUAGCCAGGAUGACCAACAUUAACACGCUCACCCUGGACCACAACCUGAUUGACCACAUUGGAGCGGGAACGUUUACGCUGCUCACCAAGCUGGUCCGCCUGGACAUGACCUCCAACAGGCUGCAGAAGCUGCCACCAGACAGCCUGUUCCAGCACGCUCAGGUGCUGUCCGACACCAAGGGCUCCAGCUCAUCCACUCUGGCUGUGAGCUUCGGAGGUAACCCGCUUCACUGUAACUGUGAGCUGCUGUGGCUGCGCAGGCUGACGAGAGAGGAUGACCUGGAGACCUGUGCCUCACCGGAGCACCUCAUGGACAAAUACUUCUGGUCCAUCCAAGAAGAGGAGUUUAUCUGUGAGCCACCACUGAUCACCAAACAUCUCUCCAUGAAGCCCUACGUGAUGGAAGGGCAAGGAGUAACUCUCAAAUGCAAAGCCGUGGGGGAUCCAGAUCCCGAUAUUCACUGGAGGUCUCCAGAUGGCAAGCUGGUGCACAAUAACUCGCGCACCAUCCUGUAUGAUAAUGGCACCCUUGAUAUUCUCAUCACCACGCUGAAGGACAGUGGGGCUUUUAAUUGUGUUGCCUCCAAUGCCGCAGGCAUCGCCACAGCUGCUGUUGAGAUCAACAUGAUCCCCUUACCCUUGUUUGUGAACAACACAGGCCACAUGCGCGAGGACCCCGGUCUCUCAGACAUUACCACCUCCUCCAAAUCUGGCAACGACACCAAGGGCUACGACAAGCAGGACAGAAGGGUGAUGGUCUCCGAGCUGACCUCGUCCUCCACUGUGAUCCGCUGGCCGUCUGAGCGCCACAUCCCCGGCAUCAGAAUGUACCAGAUCCAGUACAACAGCACGGCAGAUGACACUUUGGUGUACAGAAUGAUCCCAUCUACCAGCAAGAACUUCUUAAUCAAUGAUCUGGCUGCAGGGCGGGAGUAUGACCUUUGCGUGCUGGCGGUUUACGACGACGGCAUCACAUCACUAACGGCUACACGUGUGGUCGGAUGUGUGCAGUUCACAGCCAACGAGGUCAGCCAGUGCCGCUUCAUGCACAGCCAGUUCCUGGGAGGCACCAUGAUCAUCAUUAUUGGUGGUAUAAUUGUUGCUUCUGUGCUGGUUUUCAUCAUCAUCCUGAUGAUCCGUUACAAGGCCUAUGGCAGCCCAGAGGACGGAAAGACCAAGGUCAGCUCCAGCAUGCACUCGCAGACCAACGGCAGCCAGCAGCAGCUGCAGCGCUCUACCUCCAAGCAGCCCUCCGACGAGGGCCAGCGCGAGGCUGGGGCACCUAAAGAGUGCAUGGCACUGGUUCUGCGGAUGGACAACGAGAAGAGGGAGAAUCCAGGAGCUACCACUGCCAUCCUGGAGGUGGAGCUGCCUCAGUUGAAUGUAGACAAGAUGAAAAGGAGAACCAGCCUGGACGCACAGUGCUCCGGCCCUCCGUCUGAGGACACGCAGACAGACAGUAGCCUCACAGGCUCCACCAUGUCCUUGUGUCUCAUAGGCCCCAAUGCUGGCACCAAGGAGGCUCCCAGGCUCAAAGACAAGAAAAGUACCCUGGCCAACAUGGGAUUGCUCCCUAAUGAGCUGGCACGAACUAGGCACAGGUUUUCAUUUGACGGAGGGGAUUACUCCAUUUUUCAGAGUCAUAGUUACCCCCGCAGAGCGAGGACGAGGUGGCACAAGUCCACCAACCAGCUCAACAUGGAGUCGUCGCCACUCGCCAACAGGAGAGUUACGUUCAGCAGCACUGAGUGGAUGCUUGAGAGCACAGUGUGAGGGGAAACAAAAAAAACCCUAACACAUGUACAAACAAAAAUAUGACAUGCCACAUUACGCACACUUUUCUCUUGCGCACAGCAAUUGAUGACCACAAGCACAUUUUACUUACACAUGCAAACUUUCUGAGAGUUGCUGGAGAAGAAAACAGUCUCCUAUCAUCCUGCCUCCCCAUCAUACUCCCAGAGAGGUUUUUUGGCCAUGUCCUUUCUUUAUGCAGCAGUGCCUUAUUCUGAGAAAAUGUACGAAUGGAGGAUGCUGCUCACUGUAGUCAUAAACCUUCCUCUCCAUCAUUGCCUCCCACACAGAGGAUGGGAAGCGUUUCUUUGGAUUGUUUUGUUUUUUAUUUCUCCUUGUUUUCUCUUGACAUGCCAGGGGGAUGUCGCGUUUGGAUGUGACUGUUUAAUUGUUCCAACAACAACGACAAAAAAGAAACACAAAAAAAAUAAAUCAUCAUAACUGUAAAGUGAACAGCCAGGUAUCCUGUUAUGUCAAUCAUGUUUUUGGUUCUUUCAACAAAAAAAGAAAAAAAAAACUUUUGCACAGAAGACACGAGAUACAAGGACAAGUAUCACCACCAGUCUAUACAAUAAUAAUAAUGAAAAAAGAGAACAAGAUUUUACACAUGCCGAUUUCUAAUGUUAGCAUAGAGAGGACGGACCUGGAAACAAAGUAAGGAUUCCUCUUUGAUGGUCGGACUGUAUGAUGUUAAAUAGGUAUUAUUCCAGAUGUGACUGUAUAUUAAUCGGUACUGUAUCUGGCUGGUCUAGAUAAAAAGACAACAAACAAAAAAGACAUAUAUAAGUAUAUAAAACAUUGGUGUAUGUGUACUAACUAUGUAAGUAAGUAAGUCAUAUGUCACAUGACUUUUUACAAAGCAUUUGGGUGUUGGCUGCAAGUUUUUACAUUAAAAACCUGUGUCAUCACACCUCUCCCUAUUUAGUAUGUCAAAGUUUGGACCAUUUAUCCCCUCACGAAGGGUAUUAAAUUUUUUUGUGUGGGUUAACUGUA